UGGCCGGAAGGUGGAAAACAAGAAGCAGGUUAGCCUAGCCAUGAUGAACGUCGUCUUGGGUGUCUUGCUCCUCGUGCUCGGCGGCCUCACGCCGUUCCCGGCGGCCGCCGAUGUAUUCUGCGACAACCUUAAGGUCGUCGCCGCCACCCUCCCCAAGAACACCUCCUCCUCCCCGGUACACUUCGCCACAGCCACCGUCGGCCAAGCCCCCAACGUCGUCUAUGCUCUCGCGCUCUGCCGCGGCGACGUUGUCAACGGCUCCGCCUGCGGCGAGUGCGUCGCCAACACGUUCGACAAAAUAUUUAAUAUGACCCCACCGGAGCAGCAGUGCUACCCGGAAUUCUACUACUACGGCGACUGCACCGUCAUCUUCUCCAGCGACAACAUCCUGGACCCCUCCAACACUACAGAACAAAAUGACGACACGCCGGCGGAAUGGUGGAACAUCAAGAACGUCACCGGCGACGUCCGCCUCAUCGUCGGCCUCAUCCACGAGCUGCUGGUGGAGACAGUACAAAGGGCGGCCAGCACGACGCCGAGGCGGUUCGCCACAGGCGUCAUGGACAGCGGCACGAACUUCCCACUGGUGUACUCCCUGGCGCAGUGUACGCCGGACCUGUCCGCCGGCGAUUGCUUGGCGUGCCUCAGUCGUCUCCUCGGCAUGGUCAACUCCACCAUGUCCCUGCGGAUGGGAGCACAGAUCCAUGUCAUACGGUGUUAUUUCAGGUACGAGGCGUAUAUGUUCUACAACAGCCAACCCAUGCUGCAUCUUGGGCCGCCAUUGGCGCCGCUGCCAGCUCCGACUCCGAAACACAAGGGUGGUAUGAGCAAGCUGUGGGCAAUCCCCAUGGUUGUAGUUCCUCUUGUGGCGGUAGCAUUUCUCUGCUUCAUCUUUUACUCUCGUAGGCACACAAGGCAAAGAAAAGGUAAAGUCGGAUCGAGGCGUACUCAGGACAUGCAGGGUGAGGAACAACUGGUUUGGGAAGGGAAGAAUUCAGAGUUCUCGGUGUUCGAGUUUGAUCAGGUACUGGAGGCUACAAAUAAUUUUUCUGAAGAAAACAAACUUGGACAAGGUGGCUUUGGCGCUGUCUACAAGGGCCUGUUUCCUGAAGGAUUGGAGGUAGCAGUUAAAAGACUUGCUUCGCAUUCAGGUCAAGGUUUCACAGAGUUCAAAAAUGAAGUCCAGCUCAUUGCCAAACUCCAGCACAGCAAUUUGGUUAGGCUCUUGGGAUGUUGCUCUCAAGGAGAGGAGAAAAUAUUGGUCUAUGAAUACUUGCCGAACAAAAGCUUGGACUUCUUUAUCUUUGAUGAAAAUAAGAGAGCUUUACUGGAUUGGUACAAACUUCUAGCAACAAUUGAAGGAAUAGCGCAUGGGCUAAAUUACCUACAUAAGCACUCCCGAUUGCGUGUCAUACAUCGAGAUCUUAAACCAAGCAACAUUCUCUUGGACAGCGAAAUGAAUCCCAAAAUUUCAGAUUUCGGGCUAGCAAAAAUAUUUAGCUCAAAUAACAAUGAAGGAAACACUACAAGAAGAGUGGUUGGUACAUAUGGCUACAUGGCUCCCGAGUAUGCUUCCGAGGGCAUCUUCUCUAUCAAAUCGGACGUCUUCAGCUUUGGUGUAAUUAUUCUUGAGAUCCUUAGCGGAAAACGAAAUUCUGGUAGCCAUCAAUGUGGAGAUUUCAUCAAUCUCCUUGGAUAUGCAUGGCAAUUAUGGGAAGAGGGAAGAUGGAUCGAACUCGUUGAUUCGUCAUUGCUUCCCAACCGACACUCGGAAGAAAUGACGAGAUGCAUUAACAUUGCAUUGUUGUGUGUACAAGAGAAUGCAGCUGAUCGACCGACCAUGUCAGAUGUUGUUGCAAUGCUAAGCAGUGAGACUAUGAUCCUGGCUGAGCCUAAGCAGCCAGCAUAUUUCAAUGUGAGGGUGGGAAACGAAGAGGCAUCCACUCCUGCUGAGUCAUGCAGUAUUAACGAUCUGACCAUAUCUGUUACAACUCCUAGAUAGCUUUUUUCCCUCGUGACAUGUGGUUUUUACUGUCCCAAUGUAGUAUUAGUGAUACCAUAAGUGUUGUAUAAUGCAUAAGUUUAAGUGGUGUUUCAAAUGUGAGAUUAUGUACACCCUUAAGAGUAUGAAAGAGGUUUCCUAGUUGAAGUAUAGAAUUGAC